UGCAUGCACUUUCUCCCAAAUCAAUGCCACUUCUAUGAUGAAAAUCAAUGAUUGAGAAACGUGAAUUGUUUGUAACCCGAUUUUUUGGGUCGCAAUUUGAAAGAAAAUAAAACAAAAACCACGACAGUUUACCGUUACCAUGGAGACAAUUUAACAAUAACGAAAAUCCCGACGUAUUUAUUUGAACAUUUGAUUUCGGACCAACACAUAUAGAACAACGAAAUGGUUGCAAAGUAUUUACCGAAAAUAAAACGAAAUCACUGUAUUUUAUUAUAAUUGGGGGUUGACAGGAACGAAUACAUAACAACGCCAUUUGGCAAUCACUUCAAUAGCUAGAAGCAAAUUGGUCAAAUUGAAAAUAGAAAAAAAAAACGAGUUAGCAAACGCUGUGAAAAUAAACGCAUCUGUAUUUUGGUGCGUUGACGAAACAAACAAUUGAAACGAAGAAAUUAUCUUGUUUGCAUGAUGGGUUUAUUCGAUAUGCUGGCUGGCAUGCUGAAAGUGCGCAAAGAACAAAUAAACAUUUUGGUGAUUGGUCUGAAUAACAGUGGUAAAUCAACAAUAGUUAAUCAUUUCAAAGAUCCAGAAGAAAGAAGCCAAGUCACUUUGCCCACAGUCGGAUUUAAUGUUGAAAAAUUUCAAAAUCAGGGUAUUGCGUUUACAGCAUUCGAUAUGUCGGGUGCUGGACGCUAUCGCAAUCUCUGGGAACAUCAUUUUAAAUCGUGUCAAGGUAUCAUAUUCGUCAUUGACUCCAGCGAUCGAAUGCGGUUAGUUGUUGUCAAGGACGAAUUAGAUAUUUUAAUCAAACAUCCCGACAUUCAAAAUCGUCGUAUACCAAUUCUUUUCUUUGCGAACAAAAUCGAUUGUCCCGAUUCGUUGUCAAGUGUUAAAAUUGCCGCAGCAUUGGGCUUAGAAAAAUUGAAGGACAAACCUUGGCACAUAAGCUCAAGUAAUGCACUGUCUGGAGAGGGUUUGCAGGAUGGAAUUCAAUGGUUGGUGCAACAAAUUCGUGAAAUGAUUGCCUCAAGUACUAAGAAAUGAAUGAUGUGGUGAAUUGGUUUCAUUUUUCUUGUUUCAUACAAAGAUUACAUUUAUGUCUAUGUCAGCUUAUAACGAAAUUAAAUUCUAUGCCAAAUUUGUCUCUUUACAAAUUGUCAAUUUCUUUUCGGUACAAAUAAAGUAAUUUAUCAAUUUUUCACACAAA